AUGGCUAAUCCAAAUCAACCACAAGCUAUACAUCAACCCCAGCAGACACAACAAGUAGUCUACCAAACUUGUUGUAGUCCAAUUGGUAAAACUUUAACGCCAAAAAUGCAGACUGUGGCCACGGCCAUUGGUAUCACCAUGCUUAUUAAUGGUAUAAUUAGUUUGACUGUUGGCAUCGUUGGAUUUUUUACCACCAGCAGCUACUACAAUUUCUAUCAUCCAUUACAUAGCGUUGCUCGUCGUACCUCAAUCAUUUAUCACUAUUACAACCUAGCAGUUUAUAUUGGCCCUAACAUUUGGGUUGGAAUUCCUUACAUCUUAUGCGGCAUCUUUGGAAUCGUAUCCCAGAAAAACCGAAUCAACCAUCAUUUGGUCAACUCUUUUUUUGCCUUUUCGAUAAUCAGUUUCAUCUUGUCCAUCUUUCACUUUGGCAUAAGCCUUGGCACUAUGUUUGAUUACCAUGCUAGGUAUAGCAUUUGGUUCAACAUCGUUUCCAUUCUUACUUCAAUUGCGGGAUUUUCUCUAGCCUUGACCUGUAUUAUCAUCUUAGGUCAUCAUAUUUACUGCGGACCUAGCCACAACCAUAACGCGAUAACCGUUUACUAUCAAGGAGCAGCAGCUCAGCCAGUCACAAUUCAGCAAUACCCUGGACAAAUAGCUACCGGAUAUCCAGCCGGUCAGCCAGUGUAUAUGCAAGCUGUAGCUAUGCCACAAACUUCAAUGACUACUAAAGUGCCUAUAGAUCAAGUAGCACAACCUCCACAAUACGCCAAUUUCCAACCUUCGACAACAACACAAAUUCCUGCAAGCAGAUAAAUAUUUGUAAAAUUGUAAAUUAACACGACUAAAUACCGAAAUAAUAAUUAAUUAAGUAAAUACUUCAAUUAGAAUAAAGGGUCUGCAGUUUAAAGCUAUCACUAGUAACAAUCUUACAAUGUCAUCUUAUGAUAUAAAUUCUCGUGUUAAUUUUACGUGGUCAACUCAGAAUUAAAUGUUUUCG